GGAGAGGGGGGAGACGUUUCCCCUGAACUGGACCAUCACUAAGGCACCAGGGGGACAGCUUAGAGCCCCGCCUUCGCUCUCUCCGGUUGGCUUUGCAGCUUUCAUCGCUCUCGCACACCCCCUUAGAGCAGCCAAUCCAACGUCUUGCCGGUUCCUGCAAAGCCUUAAAGCCCCCUACAGUGACUCACACAUGUAACACGUGUAUGAUUCGCCUGCCUCUCAACAAUGCACCUCGUUGUACACUCCCUCCAUUACAGCCUGCCAUUAUAUACGGUGCCGUUAAUCACACUGUCCUGUCGCGCUGCUGUGAAUGGGAUGAAUGUAAUUAGGGAUGAACCUGCGCUCAUUUAAAGCUGUGCGAUCCCCACACUGCCAGUCAAUGAACAGAUAGCGCGACUGCUAAUAAGACAAGGAAGCUGAGAUACAGGGCGAGUAGCAGAAGUCGUGUUGCAGAUAUGACUAUAAAUUAGCAGGCGGUUUCGUCAGAAACAAGUAACACUCAUGUGGCACGUGACAUUGAAGAGUUAAAGGACGGGUUGAAGUGACGUCACUGGGGGCUUGGCGGAGGGGCGGGGCAUCCCACGCUGAAUGGGGCACAUUGUACGCUCAGUGACACAAAAAACCGGCACUGCUGAGAGAUACGCGCUGCCACAGACAGACAGACUGACUGACUGACACACACACAGGGGCAAGAGACAAGCUAGCCGGCCGGAGAGUUCCAGGAAGAGAAGGUCCCUAGGCUGAAGAGCCAUGAUAGCCUCCCACUUGUUGGCAUAUUUCUUCACUGAGCUCAACCAUGACCAAGUUCAGAAGGUUGACAAGUACCUAUACCACAUGCGCCUGUCAGAUGAGACACUUUUGGAAGUGUCCAGCCGAUUUGAGAAGCAGAUGGAGAAAGGGCUUGGGGAAGAGACCAGUCCCACUGCUUGCGUGAAGAUGCUGCCCACUUUUGUACGAUCCACUCCAGAUGGGACAGAAAAUGGAGACUUUUUGGCCCUGGAUCUUGGAGGGACAAAUUUCCGUGUGCUGCGAGUAAAAGUGACUGAUAAUGGAAUGAAGAAAGUGGAGAUGGAGAACCAGAUAUAUGCUAUCCCAGCAGAUCUCAUGCGAGGCAGCGGGGAACAGCUUUUUGACCACAUUGUAGAAUGCCUGGCCAGCUUCAUGGAGAAGUUGAACAUCAAGGACCAGAAACUGCCUUUGGGAUUCACUUUUUCCUUCCCCUGUCACCAGACCAAACUGGAUGAGAGUAUCCUAGUGAACUGGACAAAAGGAUUUAAAGCCUGUGGAGUUGAAGGAAAAGAUGUGGUCACCCUUUUAAGGAAGGCAAUCAAGAAAAGAGGAGAUUUUGACAUUGAUAUUGUAGCGGUGGUGAAUGAUACUGUAGGAACCAUGAUGACUUGUGGAUAUGAUGACCACAACUGUGAGAUUGGAAUCAUUGUCGGUACAGGAACCAAUGCAUGUUACAUGGAAGAAAUGCGCCACAUCGAUCUAGUGGAGGGGGACGAGGGACGGAUGUGCAUUAACAUGGAGUGGGGAGCUUUUGGGGAUGAUGGCUCCUUGGAAGACAUCAGGACACAGUUUGAUAGGGAAAUCGACAUGGGAUCUUUAAACCCAGGGAAACAACUGUUUGAGAAGAUGAUCAGUGGAAUGUAUAUGGGGGAGCUAGUGAGGCUUAUCCUUGUGAAAAUGGCCAAAGAAGACCUGCUGUUUGAAGGCAGAAUCACGGCUGAUCUCCUGACCCGUGGCCAUUUUGAAACUCGCUUUGUUUCGGAAAUUGAGAAGGACAAGGAAGGGAUCAAAAUAGCACAUGAGAUCCUGACCAAACUUGGCUUGGAGCCAUCACACGAGGACUCUGUGGCUACACACCGCAUAUGUCAGAUUGUGUCAACCCGUUCUGCCAGUCUGUGUGCAGCCACACUUGGUGCCAUACUACGGAGAAUCCAGGAAAACAAAGGUGCUGAGAGGCUGAAAUCCACAGUGGGAGUUGAUGGAUCUGUCUACAAAAACCAUCCCCACUUUGCCAGACGUCUUCAAAAGACUGUCCGCCGCCUGGUGCCAGAAUGCGAUGUUCGUUUCAUUCGUUCAGAGGAUGGAAGUGGGAAAGGAGCAGCUAUGGUGACGGCUGUGGCCUACAGACUGGCUGACCAACAGCAUGAACGGGAGAAGACCCUGGAGGCCUUUAAUCUUAACAUGGAGCAGCUCCUGGAAGUCAAGAAGAUCAUGAGGCAAGAGAUGGACAGAGGUCUGAAAAAGGAAAGUCAUGAAGAGGCAACAGUCAAGAUGUUACCCACAUUCGUGCGUUCAACCCCUGAUGGCACAGAGAAGGGAGAUUUCCUAGCACUGGACCUCGGAGGCACCAAUUUCCGCGUACUGCUUGUUCGAGUUCGCAAUGGGAGACGAGGAGUGGAAAUGCACAAUAAAAUCUACACAAUUCCCCAGGACGCGAUGGUGGGAACAGGAGAAGAGCUCUUUGACCACAUUGUUCAUUGUAUUGCGGAUUUUCUGGAGUACAUGGGCAUGAAAGGAGUCUCCCUGCCUCUUGGAUUCACCUUUUCUUUUCCUUGCCACCAGAACAGUCUGAAUGAGGGAAUUCUACUCAAGUGGACAAAAGGCUUUAAGGCUACUGGAUGUGAAGGAGAGGAUGUUGUACAUCUGCUGAAGGAAGCCAUCCAUAGGCACGAGGAGUUUGAUCUGGAUGUAGUGGCUGUUGUGAAUGACACAGUGGGCACCAUGAUGACCUGUGGCUAUGAGGACCCUCACUGUGAGAUGGGGCUCAUUGUAGGUACUGGCAGCAAUGCCUGCUACAUGGAGGAGAUGAGAAAUGUGGAGCUGGUGGAUGGGGAGGAGGGCAGAAUGUGCAUUAAUAUGGAGUGGGGAGCCUUUGGGGACAAUGACUGCCUGGAGGCAGUUCGCACAGAUUUCGACAGAGCUGUGGAUGAACUCUCCCUCAACCCCGGAAAGCAGAGGUAUGAGAAGAUGAUCAGCGGCAUGUACUUGGGAGAGAUCGUCAGAAACAUCUUGAUUGAUUUCACCAAAAGGGGGCUUCUUUUCCGAGGGAAGAUUUCAGAAAGGCUCAAGACCAGGGGCAUCUUUGAAACCAAGUUCUUAUCGCAAAUAGAGAGUGAUCGAUUGGCUUUGCUGCAGGUCCGCUCCAUCCUACAGCACCUUGGCUUAAACAGCACCUGCGAUGACAGUAUCAUUGUAAAAGAAGUAUGCGCGGUGGUGGCACGGAGAGCUGCUCAGCUGUGUGGAGCUGGAGUUGCAGCAGUGGUGGAUAAGAUCAGAGAGAAUCGAGGCCUGGAGAAUCUAAAGGUCACAGUAGGAGUGGAUGGGACUCUCUACAAACUUCACCCACACUUUUCUUCCAUCAUGCACCAGACCGUGAAAGAUGUAUCCCCGAAAUGCCAAGUGACAUUUUUACAGUCAGAAGAUGGCAGUGGGAAGGGAGCUGCUCUGAUCACUGCUGUGGCGUGCAGAAUCCGCGAAGCAGGCGAACGCUAGGAUGGAGCAGGAGACAGUUGUGCUCAUUCCCACACAUAGACUUUCUGCAGCCUCCAUCCUUCAUCUUCCUUAGCAUCAUGUGGUCCCCAAAUCUCAACGACUGAUACACCUUCCUGGGAAAUGUACAAAAAAGGGGCUGCCAAUGAGCUUCCAUGCAUUCAUCUGACUUUUUUUAUUUAGGUGAUAACAGCAAUAUGCAGAGGAAAUUCCAGUUAGCUGCAUUAAUACAGAUUUCUAGUUGUACAUUUGGCGAUGGUAGAUGCCCAGUGGGGUCACAUAGCACAAAAGCUUUUCCAAUAUGGCUGAAUAGCAGUGGGCUGCAAUAGAGAGCCAAAGAGAGAUGGGACACCCAGUUGGUAAGAUUUCCCCUUUGGUGGAAACCGUUCAUUUAGAAACUCUUUGCAGUCCAUUCACUGUAGAAUAAGUCGCCAUUUGUAAAAGCGAUAAAUAACCAUGAAUUUGCCAUUUGCUGCUGCUGCUACGUGGAAAGACCACACUUGAUUAAAAGAAACUAAAUAUGUGAAUGGAGAAAAGUCUAUGGCACGAGUAGAACCUGCUGUUCGAUUCUAAUAAGGAGUGUUUUAUGUGUACCAUGAAAGCACCUAUAUUUAUAGAAAAAGGAACAGUUUAUUUAUUUUUUUCUACAGCAGUUAAUAAUUAUUGAUAUGUUAUGACUGAUAUGUAUUUUUCUACCUUGCAGGCACGUGUAUAGAGAGGCCUGAAAGAUGCCUUAGAGAUUUAAAUACCAUUGUACUCAUUGUUAUGCACACCUAGCCUGUUGUUUUUCAACUACAUUUCCUAGAAUACGUUACAGGGGAUUCCGGGAGUUGCAGUUGAAAUACCAUAGACACAUUUCCUAGCUCUAUUUUUCUAGGAAUUUUUACAAAGAUUCUCUUUGGGCAUUUGUUUUAAAGAAAUACCUGUGCUUCCAAACUGUAACUCUUUCCGGAUACAAACAGACUUGAAUGUAUUCAAUGUUAAUGGAGUGAGAGAUGUGUGUGUGGUUCUACAUUGUGCAACCCUUAAAGCCUUUAUCCAAACUCCCAACACAGGACACAUAUGGGGCAAAUUCACGAAGAUUCGUAGUUGCGCCAGGCGUAACUUCGCCAGGCGUAGUUUCGCCAGCGCUCCGCAAAUUCACUAAAAUCCGAAGUUGCGCUCAGGGGUAGCGUAAGGUUGCGAAGUUGCGCUAGCGUUGAUUCACUAAGCGAAGCGAAGUUACGCUAGCGAUGGUUAAUUUGCAUACGGCGCCAAAUUCAAAUUUCAAUGGAGGAAUACGUAGAAUCACUACAAAUGCCUGGGAAAACGUCAAAACAUCAUAUAAAAAAUUUUUUUUGCCCUACACAUG